AUGGUCACAGACGUCAAAGGUGUGGUUGAUGAUUUCUUGAAGAAGAAGACGCUUCAGCAGGUGCUGGAGAAAGCGUGCCACCAUGCCAUGUUCGACCCCUGGGAGCAGUGGCUUUGCACCAUAGAUGAGGUGAUGUCGAGGUUGAAGCCAUUUCCUGCACAGAAAUGGCCUCUGAUCCUUCACCUCGUGAUGCUCUUAGAGGAUUUCGACACCCAGGACGAGCAACUUCUGGUAGAUGUCGUGAAUAACAUCAAGGAGGGAGAGAUGAACUUGAGGCCAGACUGUAGAAAGCAGCUGGAUCACCUUUGUGAUUUGAUGCGGUUACGUGCCACUUUACUGGCAGCCAAGCAAGGCAAGAUCGAAACGGUGGAGGACAGGAAAUGGUGA